AUGGACGAAGAAGAAAUGGCUAAACACAGGCCAAUGUGCUAUUAUAUGAUGAAUAAAGGUUGCAUUGAAGAGAAAAAUGCGUUCUUCGAAAGGCCGGACGAGGGAAUGAAAAACCAUCUAAAGCCUUUGUUUAUCAGAGGAAAAGUGGAAGAUAAUGGAGUUAACAAGAUUCUAGUAGAUGGUGGUGCGGCAGUUAACUUAAUGAUACAAUUCAUGUUAGAACGGAUUGGGAGCGUGCUUGCUCAAGAGGGUGAAAAUAGUACUGAAAGAGCCAUUUAUUGUCUUAGUAGAUUCCUUAAUGAUGCAAAAACUAGAAUUGAGAAAUGGGAUCUUUCUUUAACGGAGUAUUCUUUGACAUACAUGCCUUUAAAAGCUAUGAAAGGGCAAGUAGUUGCCGAUUUUAUCGUUGAUCAUACUAUGACAGAAACACACCAAGCCUUUGUAGAACCUGAACCAUGGAAAUUAUAUUUCGAUGGUUCUAGUUAUAAAGACGGGAUUGGCAUUGGAGUUCUAAUAAUUUCUCCUAACAAAAUUCCAACAAAGUUCAAGUAUCAGACAGAGGGUUCUUGCUCGAACAAUGAGGCGGAAUAUGAAGCAUUGAUAGUCGGUCUCAAAAUCUUGUUGGAAUUAGGGGAAACUAGAGUCGAAAUAAGUGGUGACUAUGAACUGGUUGUCAAACGGAUAAAUGGAGAAUAUAAAUGUGUCAAAGAAAAUUUGAUCAUGUAUUUCAUGGUAGCAAAUAGACUACUAUGA